AAGAGUAGAACCACAACUUCCAUGAACUCCUCUGCUUAGUCUCUCGCUAGGCGGGUACGACUUCCGGCGUCCAACCGGAAGCCGGAAGUAAUAGACACUGAUUGGGGGUAAGGAGUUCCCCCUUCGGCGCCUCUCCAGUCUCCUCUCACACAGAUAUGGAUGUAGAAUCACCAGAACCAAGUCUAUGAGAUGUGUCAUUUGAACCAGAGAUAGAAGAACCAGGAGCAGUAUUAAUGAAUUCUGCAGAAAAUGGAGUCCUUCAGAGACAAGACAGUAGAUGAACUGAAGGAACUGGAAGAGAAUUCAGAGGAGAUUGAGCGGCUGGCACUGGAUUCUAAUGAGAUCCAGGAUCUACAGCUGGAAAGGGAAAUGGCUUUGGCCACAAAUCGUAGCCUUGCAGAACAGAACCUCACGUUCCAGGAACCCUUAGAGACAGGACGUGCGAACCUCUCAGAUAAAUACAGGGAGCUGCAAACACUGGUUGAACGAUACCACGAGCAGAAGGCAAAAUUAGAGAAAUACUCAAAAGCAAUGCAGCCUGGCACCCUGCUAAAUCUUCUUCAGGUAGAAGGGCAGAAAAUUGAAGAGGAAUCUGAGGCAAUGUCUGAAAGGUUCCUGGAGGGUGAAGUGCCUCUGGAGACAUUUCUUGAGCAGUUUUCCUCCAUGAGGAAGUUGUCCCAUCUGCGGCGGGUGAAGGUGGAGAAGCUUCAGGAAAUGCUGAGGAAAUCUCAGUCUUCACAAGAGCCACCCAACAGCACUGCAUUCAACCAUCAACAUCCUGCCAGCAUACCUGCUGGACCUGUAAUUCAGCAGCCACAGACUAGUUCAUCUGGGGGACCACCCUUUCCUUUACCUUAUAGUCUAUCCCCUUGCAUGGCUACUGGCCCUUCAGCUCAUGGAGCUCUCCAGCCAGCUCCUUUUGCUGUAACACCCGUUAUGGCAGGAUAUGCCGCUUCUCAACCAAAUCCCCAACCUCCAUUUCCUUAUAAACCAUUCUCAGGUCCUGGAUACCCUCCUGUGUCCGCUGGGGCUUCAGUGCCCCAGUCUCAGGCAAGUGACCCUUCUUCAUCCCCUGGGUAUUCUUGGUCUCCGUCCAGAACACCCCCUAGUAGACCAGGAUACCCACAAUUCCCUCCUAGGGCUUCAUCUACAGGGCCAGGUUUUCCUCAGCCUCCGUAUUUUCCACCAGGCGGAAAGUCACAGUGCCCAUAUCCUACUCAGUCUGCAGUGCCUAAUUUUCCUGUUCCUUCUCAGCCUCCCUAUCCCACAGGCCCAAGCCCAUCCUUUGGGUAUCCAGCACCACCUCUGCCCCCUCGAGGCCCUUCUUGGUCAGGAUACUAGUCAGAAUUCCCAGACUAUUCAUUCAUAUAGUGGCCUAAGAAACUGAUUCUUGCUAGCUAAUGAAGUCAAAGAUGAAAACUUGGAAGCAUUGUCCUGAGAGACCUAUUUGUGUAGGCAUUGUAUUGGUGGGAAAUGGCCAUUGGUUGUCUGUGGAACCUAAUAAGUCAUUCCCUCUUCUGCACCAUCACCCCUCAAAUUAGUUUUUACUGUAAAAUACAUUUUUUGGUGGCACAGAAUGGAUCCACAUGCCUUCUGGGGCAUGGGGGACAAUUUUGCCACUUUUAGGUUGGCAUAUCAGCUCCAGGAGAAGCUUUAAAAAAAAAACCCAGUUAAUUUCCUCAAAAGUCUUGGAAGGCUGAAAACCUGCCAAAAUUGUUCCCCAGCCUCCCCCCCCCCAGGGGAUAUGUGGGGGAUGUUUGGCAAAAAAAGUUUCAAAAAAAUUCCGCAGACCUAAAAAUGGCUCCGGGUGGAUAUACAGCUAUGGGUUGUACUUUCACCAUCCCUGCUUUAUACUGAUAGAAUGUAUGGUUUAAUGCUAUCACUGUUGAGAAAGAAUGCCGCUGUUGGAGGGUUCAGUUCAUAAGCAUAAGUAGGCACUGAAUGUUGGCAAUUGUUAAUGGCCAUUUGUGUUGACAAAGGAGUCAACUCAAGCCAUAAUUUUAAAUGCAAAUAAAGGCCCAGACUCUUAGCUCAUGUGUAAAAGGCAUUGUUCCAAUUAAGCUGCUUGAGGCAUAUUUAUUGACUGCAGCUUGGAUCUGGUGCUGUGUGUUUGUGUGCACACAACUCUGUGUGUGUGUAUGUGUGUAGUUUUCUACUUUAAUAUGUUAGAAUAGAUAUAUAGAUAGAUAUAUAAAGAACUCUAUACACUUACGUGCACCGAUUGAUGGCAAGGAGAAAUCAGUAAAUAUUCCUGAUAUAAAACACAUGUUUUCCAGGAAUGUGUUGAUAAAUGAUUUCUUUUGUCACUUGAAAAAUAUGAGGAAGUAAAUUGAGGGCACUGUCUUUCCCUUGACAUACUUCAGAGGUGGUGUGUCAGCUAACGCAAAAGCGAAACAGUCCCCCCACUCUACUCACAACUCCAGUCAGGUGUCUGUCCAUCCUCACCUUCUAUCAAAUGGAUGGGGGACCUUUUGUGGCCUGAGGACCAUCUUGUCUCAUGCUAGCAGUGAGCAGGACAGUUAUUCAAAAUGCCAUGCUGUGUCUGAUUCCGUACUCAUUUGUUCAGUUCUUUUCCCCUCCAUUUUUCUCUGUCCCAUUCUCCCUCCCCCCACCUCCAGCUCAGUCCUUAGGCUUAAAUAAGGCUCUCAUUGACACCAAUGGAAUCUUGAAAAUAAGUUUAGUUGCUGCAUAGGGAGGGAGGCAGCCCCUGCACAUGAAGACAGCCCACACUUCCCAGCUCCCUCUCCCAUAGGAUUGUGAUCUUUUUUUUAAAAAAAAUGGUGACAAUGUAGUCAUUUUUUAAAAAAAAAAAAUCCUAAUGGCAGAAGGGGAGGCCUGUUGAGCUGGAGGUUCAUAAUCAUAGUCCCAGCUGUAGGACAUAAUCACAGGCCCCUACUUGAUUAUAUCAGUUAGCUAUCUUGCUUGUUACUUCUCCUGUCUGUUGUGUGUUCACCAUUUCAAGCCUACUAGGGCUUACUUUUUCUAUCCAUUCUGCUCUGACAGACACAUACAGAUGAUGCACAAUGAAUUUAUCAGGUAUAUAGAAGGUUAUGGAAUUUUUUCAGAGAUGAGAUAACAAGGCUCAAACACUAUGCAUUUUUAUACUUGGGAAUAACAGUCCACAUGCUAAUGUCUCAAUUGGCAAACACGGUAUACACCAUUGAAGCUUGCAGGCAUCUGUGGGUUGCCAACAUAUCCAGAUCCUUUUCAAUAAUGGCCUUAGGACUUCAAUAAUGAGGGCCUCUGCCUCCUCUCUUGUUCAUUAUCCAUUUUUUUCAGUUGACAAGCAGAAACAUUGGCUACCGGUUGUGAAAACCUAAUAGAAAUCAGAACGGCUUUGCUAAGCACUUUAUCCUCAUUGUUUGUCUAUAAUUUAUUUAUUUUGAACAUUGACUACUAAUAGUCUUGAACAGGCUGAAUGCUUUUGGAAUUUGAUGCAGACAAAUCCAUAUCUGAUCAAUUAUGGUAAUAACAUUUGAUGAACUGCACAUAGAUUUAAGAUUAUUACUUUUGGAAAUGAAGUUGUAGCUGGUUGAUUUGUUAUUGAUUCUUUCUUUUCCUUUUUUUUUUUUUGCUUGCUAAACAUUUUCCCUUUUGACUUCUAGUUUGUGUUAAUAAGGCUUUUUACAUGACAUAGUCAUAUCUCACUUCUCUUUUCUAUACCCAGCUUAAAAGAUCCAUUUGUGAAUCUGUCCUCCCCAUGGAGCAAUAACCGUUAUCAUCCAGUACGAUGUUUCAUCUGUCUUAAGCACUGUAAUUUCCAUCAUCCAUUUGCCUUUCCUUAGUGUCAUCAAUUACUGAUCAUAGUACAGUACCUCAUUAUUGACUUUGAUUCAUUUCAUUCUACUCUUACACAAUUAAAAGUCAAUACCCUGCCUAUAGUGAUUUAGCUCCUAAUUUUCCAACUUGAUCCAAUGUAAUAUUAAAUCAUCUCCUUCUUGUAUUAGAAACUGAGGCCUGAAGAAAGGCCAAAAUGAUGGAGAUGUAUUUGGCCCUUGUUUUUUUUUU